CAUAAUCCAUUCUUUUUCUUGAAGGGAGGGGGGAAAAAACAUCCUCGUCGUGUGGCUUUCCGGUGAGGUUUGGUUCCUCCUGGUUCGUUAUCUCCCCACCGCCUCCCACCGCCGUCCCCGACCUCCAUUUCCACCGCCGUCCCCGACCUCCAUUUCCACCGCCAUCGCCAGGGGAACGGCGGGCGGGCGGGCACCAUGGAGCUCUGCUGCUCGGGAGUCGUAAGCGGCGGCGGCGGCGUCGCGGCCGGUGCCGGGACACCUCGGGCCCAGAAGCCCAGGAGACCUCCCGGGUUCCUGGUUGCCCCGCCCAGGAGGCGGCCGAGCAGCCGCGCGGGCUGCCGCCAGCUCGCGCCGCCGCCCUGCGAGGAACGGGUGAGCCGGCCCGGCGACGCGGGGAACGUCGUCCACAUGCUCAGGUCGGCCGCCGCCGCCGACCCGGAGGAGGCCCUCGAGCUGUUCCUGUCCGUCGCGCGGCAGCCCAGGGUCGUCCACACCACGGAGUCGUGCAACUACAUGCUGGAGCUGAUGCGCGCCCACGGCCGGGUCGGGGACGUGGCCCAGGUGUUCGACCUAAUGCAGAGGCAGAUCAUCAAGGCCAAUGUGGGCACCUUCUGCACCGUCUUCGGGGCGGUCGGCGUCGAGGGGGGCCUCCGGAGCGCGCCGGUGGCCCUGCCGGUGAUGAAGGAGGCCGGGAUUGUCCUCAACGCCUACACCUACAAUGGCCUCAUCUACUUCCUCGUCAAGUCUGGGUUCGACAGGGAGGCCAUGGAUGUGUACAAGGCCAUGGCGGCCGAUGGCGUGGUGCCGACUGUCAGGACCUACUCUGUGCUGAUGCUAGCGUUUGGGAAGAGGAGGGACGCCGAGACUGUCGUUGGGUUGUUGGGUGAGAUGGAGGCUCGUGGAGUGAGGCCAAACGUGUACAGCUACACCAUCUGCAUCCGGGUUCUCGGACAAGCUGGAAGAUUAGAGGAGGCGUAUAGAAUUCUUCGAAAAAUGGAGGAAGAGGGCUGCAAGCCGGAUGUCGUCACCAAUACUGUGCUUAUACAGAUUCUCUGCGAUGCCGGUCGACUUGCUGAUGCCAAGGACGUAUUUUGGAAGAUGAAAGCGAGUGAUCAGAAACCUGAUAGAGUGACCUACAUUACUCUCCUGGACAAGUGCGGCGACAGUGGUGACUCGCGGUCAGUAAGUGAAAUAUGGAAUGCAUUGAAAGCUGAUGGGUAUAAUGACAAUGUCGUAUCUUAUACUGCUGCUGUGGAUGCAUUGUGCCAAGUUGGGAGGGUCGAUGAAGCCUUAGAUGUUUUCGACGAGAUGAAACAAAAGGGUAUAAUACCUCAGCAGUAUUCAUACAACUCCUUGAUAUCUGGAUUUCUUAAAGCUGAUAGGUUUAACCGUGCUCUAGAGCUGUUCAACCAUAUGAAUAUUCAUGGUCCUACUCCAAAUGGCUACACACAUGUUCUGUUCAUAAAUUACCAUGGAAAAUCUGGCGAAUCUCUGAAAGCACUUAAAAGAUAUGAGCUUAUGAAGAGCAAAGGGAUUGUUCCCGAUGUUGUUGCUGGUAAUGCUGUUUUGUAUGGUCUUGCUAAAACUGGGCGGCUGGGAAUGGCAAAAAGGGUCUUCCAUGAAUUAAAAGCUAUGGGGAUUUCUCCAGAUAAUAUCACCUACACGAUGAUGAUCAAGUGUUGCAGCAAGGCAUCGAAUGCUGAUGAGGCCAUGAAGAUCUUCGCUGAAAUGAUCGAAAACAGAUGUGCUCCUGAUGUUCUUGCAAUGAAUUCUUUGAUUGAUAUGCUGUACAAGGCAGGCAGGGGAAAUGAAGCCUGGAAAAUCUUCUAUGAACUGAAAGAAAUGAACCUUGAACCCACCGACUGUACCUACAACACACUUUUGGCAGGAUUAGGAAGAGAAGGUAAAGUCAAGGAGGUAAUGCAACUGCUUGAAGGAAUGAACUCUAACAGCUUUCCACCUAAUAUAAUAACGUACAACACUGUUCUGGAUUGUCUCUGCAAAAAUGGGGAGGUGAACUAUGCACUGGACAUGCUAUACAGUAUGACGAUGAACGGUUGCAUGCCUGACCUUUCAUCUUACAACACUGUGAUGUAUGGUCUUGUUAAAGAGGACAGAUUGGAUGAGGCAUUCUGGAUGUUUUGUCAGAUGAAAAAGGUUCUUGCUCCAGAUUACGCAACAGUGUGUACUAUCCUCCCGAGUUUUGUGAGGAGUGGAUUAAUGAAGGAAGCUCUGCAUACUGUUAGAGAAUAUAUUCUUCAACCUGACUCUAAAGUGGAUAGAUCUUCGGUCCACUCACUAAUGGAAGGGAUACUGAAGAGGGAUGGCACAGAAAAGUCAAUUGAGUUUGCCGAAAACAUAGCAUCAAGUGGCCUUCUUCUGGAUGAUUUGUUUUUGAGCCCAAUAAUUAGGCACCUCUGCAAGCACAAGGAGGCUCUAGCGGCACAUGAACUCGUCAAAAAGUUUGAGAAUCUUGGUGUUUCGCUAAAAACUGGGUCAUAUAAUGCUCUUAUUUGCGGCCUUGUGGAUGAAGACCUGAUUGAUAUCGCUGAAGAGUUGUUCUCUGAGAUGAAGAGACUCGGAUGUGACCCUGAUGAGUUUACUUACCAUUUGAUUCUGGAUGCCAUGGGGAAGUCGAUGCGAAUUGAGGAUAUGCUGAAAAUUCAAGAAGAGAUGCAUAACAAGGGAUACAAAUCAACUUAUGUUACCUACAACACAAUCAUUUCAGGUCUUGUAAAAUCAAAAAUGUUGGACGAGGCUAUAAACUUGUACUACCAACUGAUGAGCGAAGGCUUCUCUCCCACCCCAUGUACAUACGGUCCUCUUCUUGAUGGGCUGUUGAAAGAUGGAAACAUAGAAGAUGCAGAAGCUCUUUUUGAUGAGAUGCUGGAGUGUGGAUGCGAACCCAAUUGCGCCAUCUACAAUAUUCUGCUAAAUGGAUAUCGAAUAGCAGGUGACACAGAGAAAGUUUGUGAGCUCUUUGAGAGUAUGGUGGAGCAGGGGAUAAACCCAGAUAUAAAAUCAUACACAGUUGUCAUCGACACCCUCUGCGCAGAUGGGCGGUUGAAUGAUGGCCUGUCUUACUUCAAACAGCUUACAGAUAUGGGGCUUGAGCCUGACCUCAUCACCUAUAACUUGCUCAUACACGGCCUAGGUAAAUCUGGAAGGCUAGAGGAGGCACUCUCCCUCUACAAUGACAUGGAGAAGAAAGGAAUCGCCCCGAACCUGUACACGUACAACUCACUGAUCCUCUACCUGGGCAAAGCAGGGAAGGCCGCGGAAGCCGGCAAAAUGUAUGAAGAACUGCUGGCGAAAGGCUGGAAGCCCAAUGUUUUCACAUACAACGCCCUUAUCCGGGGGUACAGCGUCUCUGGCAGCCCUGAAAACGCAUUUGCGGCCUACGGUCGGAUGAUAGUUGGAGGGUGUCGGCCUAACUCGAGCACCUACAUGCAACUUCCAAAUCAAAUGUUGUAACUAACAGGUUAGCUACUGGAUGAACUGUUUUCUGUAUAGUCCUGUUCUAUAAUUGGAGAAAUGAUCAACCGUAGAUAGUAAUCAGCAGCGGCGCAUCCGAGGGUACUCCUAGAUCGCAUUCUGCACUAAUGUUACGUUUUGGCUGGCAGAAAUUUAUGCCAUACAUAUGCAGUUUACGGGGAUCGUCUUUGCCCUCUUCACUUUCA